CUACACAUUUGCAACAUGAAUAAUAGCUUAUCUCAAAGAGUAUUAAUCCAGCCACAUGGUCAUCAUACUAAUUUAAAAAGACCAUCUUUAAGUGACAGCAACUGGCAUCCAAGUCUGCAUGACUCUCAGGAGUCUGAUUCUGAAAGCCUUACUCAAGAGAUACAAUAUCAGUUAGAACUUCAAAAACGGAUUUAUGAAAAUGAAGUACUGGUAGGCCAGUCUUCUGAUGAGCUGGAGAAUGACAGCUUAGACGAAGAUAGUCUAGAGGAGAAAAGUCUGAAUGAAUCAGAAGGAGCAAAUUAUGACAAAGAACAAUUUUCAAAUGGAAAAGAUUAUGGAAAACAUAAUGAAAGCAAACAGCAACCUACGGACAGAUACUGUAACCUAAGAUACAAUUCCAACUGGAAGAGCAAUAAAGAGGGAGCAGAAUUUUCUGAAGUGAAUAGAAGACACCACGUUGCUGAGAAAAUCCCACAGGGCUCCUCUCAGGACUCAUCUUACCUCUCUUCCAAGGACAUCUUGGAGGAAAAUUACCAGCUGGUAGAAAGACAAAAUGUAUCUUCUGCAUUUGAUACAGAAUUGUUAAGCCUUGAUGGUCAACCUGUUGGGAUAAGCAGUGUACCUUUUAGAUUGCAUACCAAAGGAGAGCUAUCAGCAGAUGAUUGUCAGUACAAACACAGUUCCAGUACAUACAGUGAUGUUUUGUCUCCUCGAUCUGUAGAAGUUCAGCAACAGAGAGCAAAAAAAGACUUUGUGGAAAAAAAUAAACUUACUUUGGGAUUAGCUACACAAAAACAGGAUUCUUAUCUUCAUCUGCACAGUAGAAAGCGAGAGGAAGUUCACCAAGGGCAGGUUUCAGAUGUUAAAACUGCUGAUGAGAGGCUUAUUCAGAAUGCCAUUGACUUUCAAAGCAUGGCCAUGGAUCCUGCAGACAAAUGGCUCCAGAGGUCACACCAACUAAAGGAUCACCAAAAUAAACGACCCCAGGCAGACAGAACAAAAUUAAAUCGAGUGCUAAGAGAGAGAUCUUUACCAGCAAGUGAUGUCCAGCAUCCACCAGGAAGACUAGCGGAACCAAGACCUCAGCAUCACACACAUCGCAAUGUAUCAGAAUUUGAGAACUUUCAUAUGGAUUCAAACUCUUCUGAAGUGCUAGAACUUGAAAAAGAUGACAAUAGUUCACUGCAUAGUUGGUUACAAACAAAUCCCUUCAUUGGUCCAAUUACUCCUUUCAUUAAGACUAGUUCAGCAGCAGAUUGGGAGACACACUCAAAUACUUUACAAAAUAAUUCAGAUCUGGUAAACCGGAAUCAGAAGCAAAUCUCCAUGAACUUGGCUUCAUCAAGGCACCAUCUUGAACUAACAAUGCAUAAAAACGCUACUGGGUUGAAUUUAUCUCCAGCAUAUACUAGUGAAGAAAACAAGAAAUAUCAGCAAAACCCCAGAAACAGACCUCCGUAUAAUCAGCAACAUUUACAGAAUAGUUAUGUUUUGGAGCCUCUUCCACCUGAUGGGCAUGCCAAAGGUCACAUGCUCCUAAACCAGAAAAGCAUCGCAUCUACUUACAAUGCUAAUUUUCAAGAAUCAGUAAAAGACCAAGUUUCAACUCAGAAUCAUAGAAAGCAAUUUUAUAUAGACAAGAGCCAUCACAACAACUAUGCUACCAACAGCUUGUGGCCAUCCCAGUCAUCUGGUCAGAAGCCACUAGCAAGCCCUUCUCCAACCACACAACUUAUACAGACAAUGGAACAACAUCAUCAAAAAAUCUCUCAACUGGAAGACACUCACCUUGCCGAAAGGCAGUUCUCUGGCUGGUUUCCACCUGUAAUCCCACGGGUAGAAAGUGACUCAGAGAUUAACACAGAAAGAAGUGAAGGAAACAGAGUGAAAAUUAGUCGCAGCAACUCAGAAGGGUACCUGCUGCAAAUGGGAAAGCAAAAACAGCUGAAAGAGAAAGGGACUAGGAAGCCUUCUAGGCCAAGAAACUACAUGAACCUGGAUGUGAAGCUCGGAGGCCUUGGACCUGACUAUGAAGCAGUCAGAGAGAAAACAGAAAAGUUAAAUAAGCAAAAGGAAUAUGCAAAGCAAGUUAAGGAGCACAACAUGAAGAACGUUGCUACUGCACAGAAACCGCCAGCAAAACCUCAGAUCAAGUCAUCAUUAUCAAGACAUAAGGCUCUGGAAUAUGCUAAGAAGAUUCCUAAACCAAAACCGUUCUCAGCAAAACGAUCAGAUGAAGAACCAGAAGAGGAAAGAACUCCAGCACAUACUUUAAAAGGACAGAAUUUACCUCAGAUUUCCUCACUGAAAACUCUGCAAAACAGACAUGAAAUAGAGAAGCAAGUUGUGGCUGCUUUCAAAACCCUUCACAUUUUAUAA